CCUUAUCAUCCACUUUUCUGAGUUUUCCGUGUAAAAUUGCGGAAAUUCGAUUAGACAGAGCCCUUGCAUGUGGCCAAAACUUCAGAUGGAAGCAGACAACACAAGGGGAAUGGACAGGGGUUAUUGGCAAUGCAGUAUGGCGAUUGAAGCAGUCUGAAACAGAGAUUUUCUACCAAACCUUCCGCAACGUUCACUCCACAUUGCCAAUGAUACACCCAAUGCACAAGUUUUCUUCGGAGGACAGCUUAGAGAGCUGCUGCAAGUGUGUUUCAUAUGGCAAGAAAUCUGAAGACAUUAUGUGCAAUUGCCAAAAAACUGACUUAAAUAUUCUAAGAGAUUACUUACAGCUUAAUGUCAGCUUAGAAAAUAUGUAUGAACUGUGGUCAGAAAGUGACGAAAACUUCAGAAAUGUUGCAAGAACUUUUACUGGUAUUAGAAUGCUAAGGCAAGACCCGAUUGAAUGCCUCUUUUCCUUCAUAUGUUCUUCUAAUAAUAACAUUUCACGGAUAACAUCUAUGGUAGAAAAACUGGCUUCUAAUUAUGGCGAAAAAAUAAUGGAAUUAGAUGGUCAGGAGUACUUUUCAUUUCCACAAGUGUCGUCAUUGGCAAAAGAUGGGGUUGAAGAGCGUUUAAGAACCCUUGGGUUUGGAUACAGAGCUAAAUAUAUACAGAGGUCUGCUGAAUACAUAAUAGCACAGGGUGGGGAAAAAUGGCUGUAUGACUUACGGGAAAUGGACUAUCCAGAUGCAAAGGCUAGCUUGCUGAAAUUGUGUGGAGUUGGGGCUAAGGUAGCUGACUGUGUGUUACUGAUGUGUUUGGACAAGCCGGGAGCCAUUCCUGUGGACACCCAUGUAUGGCAGAUAGCUGCACGAGAUUACAUGCCAAAGCUGAAGCAAGCAAAGUCUCUCACUGAUACACUGUAUAAUGAGAUUGAAACUAUGACGAUUACAAAACCUACGGAAGUGAUACUAACAAAGCGAAGAUGCGCCAAAUGCGAGGCGUUGGCGGCCGUUUUGGACACGCCACCUUGGUUGCUAGGGGGUGUGGUUAAUAAAGGCCCAAGGUCACACGAAAGUUGGUGCCAAAGAAGAGCUCGGUAUGAGGCCUAUAACUAUGAAUCGAAGAUGUCGGACAAGAAGUUUAUCGAUGAGAUGGUGAAAGCCCACAACGAAUACAGAUCCAGACAUCAGGCAAAAGAUCUCAAACAUGCGAAGGACCUGACGGAGUUUGCUCAGAAGUGGGCCGACCACCUCGUGGCUACCAACAGUUUUGAGCACAGCAAUUGUGAUUUGAAAGGCGAAAGGCUUGGAGAAAACAUUGCCAUGAAGUGGUCGUCAAGGCCCGAUGCUUAUUCUGGUCAAGACGCGACAGACCAAUGGUACAGCGAGGUCAAGCAGCACACAUUUGGGGGUGAACCUCGCACUCUAUCCUCGGGACAUUUUACUCAGGUUGUUUGGAAAGGCAGCAAAGAAAUGGGUGUCGGCAAGGCCCAGUCAAAGGAUGGAAAGACCAUCGUUGUUGCAAGCUACAGACCUGCAGGAAACAUGGGGGGAAAAUUUGCUGAAAAUGUUCUUCCCCCGAAGGACGGGAAAAUUAUACUGCCUGUGCAAAAAGACACCAGCAGCAGUGGCGGACCGUUUGCAAGCAGAUUCGGCGAUGGAGGUGCCUCUGGAGGUACCGAGCGAAAAACCACCAAGACAAUCACCCGAACGGAAGGUGGAGUGAAAAAGACAAUCGUAGAGGAAACCAUAAUCAAAGCUGACGGAUCCAAGGUCACGACGACACGGGAGACAACUUCCACUGAUGGCGGUGACGCUGGACGUUUCAAGGGUGACGAUGACUUCGAGAAACUUGCCCUCUCGGAUGACAAGUUAAAGAGUAACGGUUCAAAAAGCAAGAGCAAGAGGCGAGACUCGAGUUCCUCUUCUUCAUCAUCUUCUGACGACGAGAAAAAGAAAUCAAAGGACAAAAAAAAGGAUAAGGCUGAUAAACCACAGAAAAUCAAAGACUUUAUUGAUGAGGCUGUGAAGGUUCAUAAUGAACUAAGAUCUAAACACGGUGCUAGCAAGCUGAAGCAUGCCAAGGAUUUGUCAGAAUUUGCACAGAAGUGGGCGGAGAACCUUGCAUCAAAGAACGCCUUCCAACACAGUGAUUGCAUGCUGGGUGGCGAGAGGAUAGGAGAAAACAUUUGUUGCAAAUGGUCAUCCACGGGGGCUGACUACACCGGACGCGAGGCCUGUGAGCAAUGGUACAGCGAAAUUUCCAAACAUGACUUUUCAACUGAGCCAAGGAGUCUAGGUUCAGGUCACUUCACCCAGAUGGUAUGGAAAGGAUCCCGUGAGAUGGGUAUCGGCAAGGCCAAGACGUCAAAUGGCAAGGUCAUUGUCGUGGCCAACUACAGACCUGCUGGCAAUAUUGUUGGACACUUUGUGGAAAAUGUUGCCCCAUUGAAGAAAUAAGUGUGGUCAUUGACAAAGCCAUUACACAAGAAGUAUUGCUAUGGCCAAAUAUCGUCCUACUGAGAAAAUUAUUGGACAAUUAAGGGAAAUUUUGCGCAACGAAAGAAAUGGUUUAGUUUACAUAUUUUUGAUUAUAUUACUGAAACUUCGAUCCAGUUAAACACAUAUAGAUGUGUAGCACCAAUGACAGAAUGUAGGCUAUAUAAAAGUGCUAUUUUUCGUACAUAUUGCUUUGGUUUUCGUCACCAGAUAUUUAUUAUAUAAAUGGUGUUGUCUUAUUUGCGAGUAAUGAACAAACGCUUUCUUUUUCUUACUGCAUAUCAUGUGGCUUUGAAAUAGUGUUAGGAAAUAUUUAGAAGUAAUAGCGUUAUUAUAAUACUUAUGCAUUUAUUUCUAUAUAACUUAUCUAUGUGUACAUUCCAACAACUGAGGCUUGCACAUGCCCUUGAAACAACCUCAAUACAUGACGUAAUGUUGUGGGUUUUACUUUGAAUUUUGGUUGUACAUUAAUCUUAUAUUGCACUAUAAAAAUUUACCCUUCUAAAUUAUCCUACAACUGGAUAAAACAUGUUUUUAAAGUAGUUUAAUGUGAUUUUAUGUUUAACUUAUUUAUCAAUUCAUUCCAAUAUAUAUAUAUUUUCUGAUAUUAUUUUUAAAAUAUGCCAUGUAAUAUUGUGUUUUAACAUUCCAUUUUAACUUGUAUCUUUACAUUUCAUUUUAACUAUUUCUUUCAUAUCCGGAUUUUAACAUUCUAUAAGAACUAAUACUGUUAUAAAAACAUCUGUGUUCGUCCAUUAUAUUUGAUAAUAAACACAUAACUGAUA